GCUGAAACCACAAAGCCCACAACCCAGACCUAAAACGACGUCGUUAACACAAUUCAACCCCCUUAUUGCUAAACCCUGAAUCACUUCGCCUCUUUAACCCCGACCUAUCAACGGCAGGUUCUUGAAGCUUCUUUCUGGGUUUAUAUCGGCCGAGUCAAGAUGAGAUUGGAGAAGUGCUGGUUUUGUUCUUCAACCGUGUAUCCUGGUCACGGUAUUCAGUUUGUGCGUAACGAUGCCAAGAUAUUCCGAUUUUGUAGGUCCAAAUGCCACAAGAAUUUUAAGAUGAAGAGAAAUCCCCGUAAAGUUAAAUGGACCAAGGCAUACAGGCGGUUACACGGGAAGGACAUGACUCAGGAUUCAACAUUUGAAUUUGAAAGGAAGCGUAACAGGCCAGAGAGAUACGACAGGAAUCUCGCUGAGAAUACCCUCAAGGCCAUUAAGAAGAUUGUGAAAGUUAGAGCUGAUAGGCAGAGCAAGCACAUUUUGAAUAGAAUGAAAGGCAACAAAUCUGCGGAGCGCAAACGGGAUGCAAAGGAGCUUGAACAGAGCAUUCACAUGGUCAAAGCUCCUGGUGCCCUUCAAAAAGAUCCAUCCCUUACAUUGGUCAAGGUUACCCGGCGUUCAGAAGAAAAUGGCAUGAAAGAAUAGUCUGGUUUUACAAAAUUCUUUUGCAGUUUCAUUGUGUUGAUUGCUGUAGCAUCAGAGUAUUGAUGAGACGAAGACACUUAAUAUUUGAAGUACUUUUGGUAUCUUGUGACUAUGGAAACGUCAUAAACAAGUUUGUUUUAAUGCACAUCGAAUCUUAAUGGUAAUUUUAUUUUGUUUA